GUCCAGAUGCUGCAUUCGGUUCAGAAGGAAACAAUAGAUUAAAUAUGCAUUUAACGAAGUAACUGUAUUUCCCUGUUAUGUCACAUAUCCUCUCCAUUAUCCAUUCUCAUCUUUUCUCAUCCCUUAAUCCCUCAUAUUCACCACACAUGUCCCCAUUACUGACUAUAGCAUGUCUUUUUUUAAUUUAUACUGGUACUGAUACCAACGAUGUGCAUUUAAAGCUAAGGAGGUUCAAUGCUAAGGAUAUUUGUUCCAUUAUAUUGAAUUGUGAAUGCACAUCAGUGUAUAACACCAUUAAUUUCAUCCUUUCUAACCAAUGCUUUUCUAACACUCUUUUCUGGGGUUUUUUCCUGGCUGGUUCCACAAUCCUGAUGGGCAUAAUCAGGUCAAGAGAGACAAACCCUGUGGCCCGACCGACAGAGACCGAUGACAACAUGAGGGCCUUCGCGGAGCAGGUCUUUGCGUCGGAGACCAAAGACGAGAACACCCGCGACGAGAUCUCCAUGUUCGACGUGGCCGAUGACUGCCCCAUCCUCCACCACGAGCUGGCCCACCAUCUGCACACUGAGGACGACGCGGAGAAACGGAAGAGGCAUCAGCGUAGCCGCACCAUCGCUGUGCCCGCCGCCGUCCAGCAGGCCGCUGCCGCCCCUGUAGUGUCCGUGGAGGUGGACACGCCCACCUACCUGGAAGUUCCUGAUUUCCAGAGGGUUGCCAUCAUUGGAGACUAUGCAUCAGGGGUGACCAUGGAUGACUUUGAGCUGUCGUGUCGGGGUCUGUACCGAGCCAUGAACAUCAGGGAGAAAUACAUGCGGCUGGCCUAUCAACGCUUCCCAAGGACAGCCUCCCAUUACCUGCGUCAAAUGGAGGGAGAGACUUUCAAAGUUGACGAUGAGGUGCAGCCAGUCUUCACUGCUCCACCAAAGAAUGGGGAGGACCCCUUCGACACCAAGGACCUGCCAAAGAAUCUGGGCUACGUGGCCCGUAUGAAGGACGGCCUCAUCUACGUGUACAACGACGCUGCAGCUGCUGACAAACAUCAGCCCAAAGACCUCCCCCACGCCAACUACGAAACCUUUAUCGACGACAUGAACUUCCUGAUUGCUCUUAUCGCCCAGGGUCCCACCAAAACUUACGCUCACCGCCGUCUGAAGUUCCUCAUGUCUAAGUUCAACGUCCAUGAGAUGCUGAAUGAGAUGGAGGAGAUGAAGGAGCUGAAGAUGAACCCCCACAGGGAUUUCUACAACUGCAGGAAGGUGGACACUCACAUCCACGCUGCGGCCUGCAUGAACCAGAAGCACUUGCUGCGCUUCAUCAAAAAGUCUUACCGUGUGGAUGCUGACCGCGUCGUGCACAACCUGAAAGGGAGGGAGGUUACCAUGAGAGAGCUCUUUGAGACCCUCAACCUGCACCCUUAUGACCUAACUGUGGAUUCCCUUGAUGUGCACGCGGGAAGGCAAACUUUCCAGCGUUUUGACAAGUUCAAUGCCAAAUACAACCCCGUCGGAGCCAGUGAACUGCGUGACCUGUACAUGAAGACAGAAAACCACAUCAAUGGGGAAUAUUUUGCCACGAUCAUCAAGGAAGUAGCCACCGACCUGGAGGAUGCCAAGUAUCAGUACGCUGAACCUCGUCUGUCCAUUUACGGCUGCAACCCGAAUGAGUGGACCAAGCUGUCCGGCUGGUUCAACAAGCAUAGAGUCUUCUCCCCAAAUCUCAAAUGGAUGAUUCAAGUUCCCAGGAUCUAUGACAUCUUCAGAGGCAGAGACUUUGUGCCCCACUUUGGCAAGAUGUUGGAAAACAUUUUCCUCCCCGUGUUCCAGGCCACAAUCGACCCACAGUCCAACCCAGAGCUCAGCAUCUUCCUCAAGCAUGUAACGGGUUUCGACAGUGUGGAUGAUGAGUCCAAACACAGCGGUCACAUGUUCUCCACCAAGAGCCCCAAACCAGAGGAGUGGGACAUUGUUAAGAACCCCUCCUACACCUACUACAUAUACUACAUGUAUGCCAACAUUGCUGUUCUCAACCAGCUGCGCAGACAGAGGGGGAUGAACACCUUCAUGUUCAGGCCUCACUGCGGCGAGGCUGGUGCCGUCACCCACCUUCUGGCCGCCUUCAUGACAGCUGACAACAUCUCUCACGGCCUUAACCUCAAGAAGAGUCCCGUGCUGCAGUAUCUGUACUUCUUGGCCCAGAUCCCAAUCGCCAUGUCCCCUCUCAGCAAUAACAGCCUGUUCCUUGAAUAUGCCAAGAACCCCCUGCUGGAGUUCCACAAGAAAGGCCUGGUGGUGUCUCUGUCCACCGACGACCCCAUGCAGUUCCACUACACAAAGGAGCCCCUGAUGGAGGAGUAUGCCAUUGCUGCUCAGGUCUUCAAGCUGAGUACAUGCGACAUGUGCGAGAUUUCCAAGAACAGCGUGCUGCAGAGCAGCUUGUCUCACGAGGAGAAGGUCCACUUCCUGGGUGCCGAUUACCUGAAAGAGGGCCCAGAGGGAAAUGACAUCCGUAAGACCAAUGUGGCUCAGAUCCGGAUGGCGUACCGCUUUGAGACUCUGUGCUAUGAGCUCAACCUCAUCAAGGAGGGCUUGAAGAGUGAUUAAACGCCAACUGGAAGGACACAAACCAUCUCUAAUGUGAUGUAGAAAGAUUUCUAAUUGACUUUUUUAAUGGUCGCUUUUAAACAAGUGAAUCUUAAAGCAACAGACUUUCGAUUACAAUGAUGUUUUCUUCCUUUGGAGGGGGAAAUGUUUUCGAUACUUGUCUUAACUUCAAAUCAUCAGCACAUUUUGUUCAAGUGACACAACAUGUGUGCUCCAACUGGAGAAAACACAUGUGAAGAAUGAACAGAAAUAAAAAGUAAAAUACCAAGAGACCUUUUGUUGUUUUUACCACAGUUAUGCAUUUCAUACCAUUUCUGUCAUUCCCAUUAGAAACUGGAUGAGAACAUUUGUUACCAUUCUGUUCAGAUUGAAUUGUGAUUAAAUGCAAAUACUUUUGAAGAGCUGAUUACAAAGGACUAAUGACAAAAGAAGAACGCAAAACUGUUUUUUAAUACGCCAAAAUAUAGUAGGGGCGGGCACUUGAUUAAUCUAAGUCCAAGACUUAUUUGGGAACGUGUGUGGUCGCGCAGGUGCAGCUGAAGAGUGUGUCGGAUUUCCCAGGACACGUGAAGUCACCAUUAUUUAUUCAUCGCUGACAGCUGCAGGAGUUGAUUUGGUGACGUUUUCCCUCUUGGAAGAUUCAACCAAAGUUUCUCACCGUUAAAAACUACGUGAAGUUUCUCCAAAACACCGCGAGAGUAACAGGAAGUCAGGAGAAUGAAAAAAUAAAAGUCAAGCGGACAGCUCAACUGUGAACAGGUCCCCAGUUAUAUUAUUGUCAACAAAGCAAUCAAUUCAGGGUCAAUUCGGGAUCACAAUAUAACUUAGCAAGUAAGCAAGUGACAGUUUAACUAUGACCUGAAUGAGAGAACAA